AUGUGGCUGGGGAUGGUGGGGGAGAAACGAAACGGGAGUACGAAACGAGACGGUUCGAGGCGCGGCGCGGUUGUCAAUGGGGAAGAUUUUCCUCCCAUGAAGGACCUAAUUCAGCUAUACAGGACAGCUUUUCUAGAAGGAAAUGAUGAGGUUCUUGGCGAAGUUGAGAAGGCAAUCACUGCUGUGGAAAAAGAGAAGAGUAGGGUAGCUUCUCAGUUUGAAAGUAUUACAACCGAAAUAACUUCUGGGAAGGAGAAGUUUAUUCGCUUAAAUGCCGAUCUGGAGAAUUUCCGGAAACAGACUGAAAAGGAGCGCGCAAAGUUUACAUCAAAUAUACGGGUGGAAGUUGUUCAGAGUCUGUUACCUCUGGUUGAUUGUUUUGAGAAAACGAAUUUAGAGAACACACCAGAGAAUGAGAAGGAGCAAAAGAUCAGCACAAGCUAUCAAGGCAUAUACAAUCAGUUAGUUGAAACACUAAGAUAUUUGGGUGUAGGAGUUGUGGAAACAGUUGGCAUGCCAUUUGAUCCUUCAGUCCAUGAGGCCAUCUCACAAGAAGCAUCCAUGCAAUUCAAGGCAGGGAUUGUCAUGCAUGAAGUCCGCAGAGGAUUCCAUUUGAAGGAGAGGCUGCUAAGGCCUGCUACUGUGAAGGUCUCUACUGGCUCUGGCAAACAAAGUGGAAGCUCAUAG